ACAGCUCAUCAUGAGGGGGCUGAUUCUUGCUCUUUCUCUGGCCCUUGUGGCUGCCAACCAACUGAGCUUCACCCCAGAAUUCAGCCCUGGGAAAACCUAUGAGUACAAAUAUGAAGCACAUCUUCUGGGUGGCCUUCCCGAGGAGGGUCUGGCAAGAGCUGGAGUGAAAAUUGAGAGCAGAGUUUGGAUCAGCCCAAUAGCACCUGACACAUUCAUCAUGAAAUUGGUGGAGCCUGCACUGUACGAGUACAGUGGCAUCUGGCCCAGAGAGACUUUCCGUCCGGCCAGCAAGCUCACCACAGCUCUGGCUGCUCAGCUGCUGACACCCAUUAAGUUUGAAUAUACCAACGGUGUGGUGGGUAAAGUAUUUGCCCCCCCUGGCAUCUCUACAAGUGUUCUAAACAUCUACAGAGGACUCCUCAACAUCCUUCAGCUGAACAUAAAGAAAACUCAGAACGUGUAUGAGCUACAAGAGCCUGGAACUCAGGGUGUGUGCAAGACUCAUUACGUUAUCAGCGAGGAUUCAAAGGCUGACAGGAUCCACUUGUCCAAGACCAAAGACCUGAACCACUGUCAGGAGAGAAUCUACAAAGAUGUUGGAUUGGCAGGUUACACUGAAAGUUGUACUGAAUGCGAGGCUAGUGGAAAGACAAUGAAAGGAGCAGCAGCCAUCAACUAUGUCAUGAAGCCCUCAACUACUGGUUCCCUACUCUUAGAGGCAACAGCUACAGAGCUCAUCCAGUACUCACCAAUCAACAUCCUGAACGGCGCUGCCCAGAUGGAAGCCAAGCAAACCCUCACCUUCCUGGAAAUCAAAAAGAUUCCAGUGGAACCCAUCAGUGCUGACUAUUUGCCUCGUGGAUCACUGAAAUACGAGUUUGGCAGCGAGCUCCUCCAAACGCCAGUUGAGCUCCUGAGGAUCAGCAAUGCUGAGGCUCAGAUUGUUGAGACUUUGAAUAAGCUGGUAACCCUCAAUAUGGGAAAGGCCCAUGAAGAUUCCCCUCUGAAGUUUAUUGAGCUCAUCCAGUUGCUGCGUGUGGCCAGAUAUGAAAGCAUUGAAGCCCUCUGGGAUCAGUACAAAGCUAGAAGUGAUUACAGGACCUGGUUGUUGAGCUCCAUCCCUGCCAUUGGCAAUCAUGUUGCUCUGAAAUUUAUCAAGGAGAAAAUCAUUUCUGGUGAUCUGACCUCAUUUGAAGCUGCUGAGGCUCUUUUAUCAUCUCUGCAUUUGGUGGCUGCUGACCUGGAGAGUCUUAAACUUGUAGAAGGCCUGGCAAUGACCCCCAAGGUUAAAGAAAACCCAGUUUUGCGUGAGAUAUCCAUGCUUGGCUUUGGCAGCAUGGUUUACAAAUACUGUACUGAAUUCCCCUCUUGCCCCGUUGAGCUUGUGAAGCCCAUCCACGAACUUAUCAUCCGUGCUCUUGAAAGACGCGACUACGAUGAGCUCAUCAGUGCUGUUAAAGUCCUGGGCAAUGCAGGACAUCCUGGUAGCCUGAAGCCACUUAUGAAGCUUCUGCCUGGCUUUGGCAGCAGUGCCAACAAUCUUCCCCACAGAGUUCACGUUGAAGCCAUUCUGGCCCUGAGGAGAAUUGCAAAGAGGGAGCCCAAGAUGAUCCAGGACAUGGCAGUUCAGCUGUUCAUGAACAAGGAACUUCACUCAGAGCUUCGCAUGGUUUCUGCCAUUGUGCUCUUUGAGACUAAGCUGCCCAUUGGCCUGGUGACCACUCUUGCACAGAGCCUUUUGAAAGAAUCAAACCUGCAGAUUGCCAGUUUUAUUUACUCUUACAUGAAGGCCAUUACCAAAACCACUUCACCUGACUACUCCUCUGUUGCUGCUGCCUGCAAUGUUGCAGUAAGGCUCCUGAGCCCCAAGUUUGAGAGAUUGAGCUAUCGCUUCAGCAGAGCAUUCCAUUACGAUGCCUAUUACAGUCCUUGGAUGGUGGGUGCUGCUGGGAGUGCUUUCUACAUCAAUGAUGCUGCAACUGUACUGCCAAGAACAGUGAUGGCCAAAGCUCGUACUUAUCUGGCUGGAGCUCUUGUAGAUGUUUUUGAGGUUGGAGUGAGAACUGAGGGCAUCCAGGAGGCUCUUUUGAAAGUUAAUGACAGUCCAGCUACAGACAGAAUAACUAAAAUGAAAGAAGCAAUUAAGGCUCUUUCAGACUGGAAGGCUUAUCCAUCGAGCCAGCCUCUGGCCUCCGCAUAUGUGAAAGUACUGGGACAGGAGAUGGCGUUUGCUAACAUUGACAAACCAAUGGUGGAACAUAUUGUUCAGCUUGCAAAUGCAAUUGAUAUUCGUGCUUAUGGCAAAAAGGCUUUGGACGCUCUGUUAGCUGGUUACACAAAGCAGUACUCCAAACCAAUGCUGGUUGCUGAGGUUCGUCGCAUCAUCCCCACGUCUGUUGGUUUCCCAAUGGAACUCAGCUUGUAUAGCGCUGCUGUGGCUGCUGCAUCAUUGGAAGUGCAAGCUAGUGUGUCCCCACCUCUGCCUGAAAACAUCAACUUUGCUCAUCUUUUGAAGUCUGAUAUCUCUUUUAAGGCUGCAAUUGCUCCAAGCUUUUCCAUGCACACAUAUGCAGUCAUGGGUGUGAACACAGUUUUCCUCCAGGCCUCUUUGGUGUCAAGAGCCAAAAUUCACUCAAUUGCUCCAGCAAAGUUUGCAGCAAGAUUAGACAUGAUUAAGGGUAACUUCAACUUCCAGAUCCUGCCUGUUGAGGGUGUUGAUACCAUUGCAUCUGCACGGCUUGACAUGUACGCCGUUGCAAGAAAUGUUGAAGACCUUGAAGCGGCCAAAGUAACUUCAAUGAUCCCAGCCGUAAAUUUAACACAUUUGUCAAAACAAAACUCAACCUCACUGAGAUCCAGGAUGGCCUCUUCUGUGGAGGACAGUUCGUCCGCUUCAUCAGAAAUCCUGUUUAGCAAAACCCCUAAUCAAGUUGCCAGCAAACUGAAAGUUCCCAAAGCCUUCAUGUGGAAGCUGUGUGCUUUAAGCUACACCUUUGGAAUCAAGGCCUGUGCAGAACUGGAGUCUCGCAAUGCAUCCUUUAUCAGAAACAGCCCAAUCUACACUGUAAUUGGAAACCAUUCCUUUGCUCUUAAGGUUUCCCCAGCUCCAGGCCCAGCCAUUGAAAGGAUUGAAAUCGAGGUUCAAGUUGGAGAUAGAGCAACAGAUAAGAUCAUUAAAGUUAUCAACAUGAGUGAAGAAGAUGAAAUUCUUGAGGAUAAGAAUGUGCUUCUAAAACUCAAGAAGAUCCUGACUCCUGGUCUGAAGAACAGCACAACUUCGUCAAGUUCAAGCAGCUCUAGCUCCAGACGUUCCCGCUCAAGUUUGUCCUCUGCAACCUCAUCUCUGUCUUCCUCAAGAACCUCCUCCAAGACUUCUUCCAGAAGCUCUUCCAAGACUUCUUCCAGAAGCUCUUCCAAGACCUCUUCUAGGACCUCCUCCAAGACUUCCUCCAGCUCCUCCUCCAGUUCUUCCUCUCGCCGCAAGAGCAAGACAAUUGAUCUUGCUGAAGUCCUCAACAGGACAUCAAAGUGGCAGUCAAGCAGCUCCUCCAGCAGCCGAUCAAGCCGCCCUUCAAGGAGCUCAUCUUCUGUUCGGUCAAGCAGCAGUUCUUCCAGCUCCUCCAGCUCCAGCUCUAUGUCCAGACAAGAGCUGUAUGAAAUGAACUUCACCAAGCACCACAUCCAUCAGCAUUCCAUCUCAGCAGAACGUGUCAAGAGCAAAAGCAGUGCUUACAGCUUUGAAUCGAUCUACAAAAAGGUCAGGUACCUCUCCAAUACAGUUGACUCUUUAGUGACCAUUCUGAUCCAUGCUAAACGAGCUGACCACAAGAACCAGGGAUACCAGGCUACCGUAUACUACGACAAGGACAACUCCAGAGUGCAAAUUAUUUUUGCUAACCUGACAGAAAAUGACAACUGGAGAAUCUGCGCCGAUGGUGUAAUGCUGAGCAAACACAAGAUCAUGACCAGGGUCACAUGGGGCAUUGAUUGCAAGCAGUACAACGCUUCAAUCAUCGCUGAAACUGGUCUGGUCGGAAAAGAACCUGCAGCUCGAUUGAAAAUGACCUGGGAAAGACUCCCUGAGGGCUUGAAAAGAUACGCCAAGUGGGCUUCUGAGUAUCUUUCCCGAAUUGCUGUUCGCAAUGGAGUAAGUCAAGCAAAAGUCAAAAACUUCCAAAAACAGAUCCAACUGACAGCUGCUGUCAAUGAGACAAACCUAAAUGUUACACUGAAGACACCUCAGAGUACUCUAUACAAACUUGGAUUGGGUCUUCCAAUUUCUUUACCCCUUGGAGAAACUGCUGCUGAGUUGGAGGCCUAUCCUGAAAGCUGGCCUGGCAAACUGUCCUACAUGCUCACCAAAGCCCAUGCUGCUCAGUGCAUCUUGGUCAAUGACAGCUUGAUCACGUUCAACAACAAAAAAUACAAAAAUGAGAUGCCCCAUUCUUGCUACCAGGUCUUGGCUCAAGAUUGCACAUCAGAACUCAAAUUCAUGGUUCUGCUGAAGCGAGACCAAACUGCAGAACAGAACGAGAUUAAUGUCAAGAUUGAAAACAUGGACAUUGACAUUUAUUUAAGGGACAAUGCUACUGUGGUGAAAGUCAACAGCGUGGAAAUCCUUUCUGCCAACAUGCCCUAUCAGCAUUCAACAGGCAAUAUACAGAUCAGAGAGAAGGCUGAGGGUGUUUCUCUGCAUGCACCUAACCAUGGUCUUCAGGAGGUCUUCUUCAACCAUACUACAGUGAAGGUUCAAGUUGCCGACUGGAUGAGAGGAAAGACUUGUGGACUAUGUGGAAAGGCCGACGGUGAAGUCAAGGAAGAGUAUCGCACACCCAACGAGCGAGUGUCUAAGAAUGCAACCACCUUUGCUCAUUCCUGGGUUCUGUCGGGACAGAGCUGCCGCCAUACCUCUGAGUGCUACAUGAAACUUGAGUCUGUGAAGCUGGAGAAGCAGGUCAACCACUUAGGGGAAGAUUCUAAAUGCUACUCUGUUGAGCCUGUGCUUCGCUGUCUUCCCGGCUGUAUGCCUACAAGAAAAACCACUGUCAAUGUCGGAUACCAUUGUCUACCCAUUGGUACAAAUCUAAAUCGUAAUGACGGCCUCAACAGCAUCUUUGAGAAGAGCAUUGAUUUGAGGGAGACCGCAGAGGCUCAUCUUGCUUGUCGCUGCACAGCUCAGUGUGCAUAAUUUUAUAACUUUGCAUCAUGUUAUACUCUGUUUUUUAACCAAGGUUGUAAACUUAAAUAAAAUAUAAAGGCAUGUGAAUUAUAUGUUGCGUUACAUGUCAUUAAAGCAAGUGCAAAAG